CAGUGAUAAAAGUAAUUAUGAAUAAUACAAAAUGUCACGAUUGAUUGUAAAAAAUUUACCAAAAAAUAUUACAGAUACAAAAUUAAAGGAACUUUUCAGUCAAAAGGGCUUAAUAACUGAUGUGCAGUUAAAAUAUACAAAGGAUGGAAAAUUCAGGCGAUUCGCUUUUAUUGGGUUUAAGACAGAAGAACAAGCUGUAGCUGCCAAAGAAUAUUUUGAUAAAACAUGUAUUGAUACUUGCAGAAUAUCCAUUGAGCAAUGUGCAAGUCUAGGGGAUUCUUCUAAACCCAGGUCAUGGAGUAAAUAUGCACAGGAUAGUUCGGAACGUGUGAUCAAUAAUACAGAUCCCAAUGACAGAACACAAAAUAUAAACUUAAAUAAAACAGCAACAAAGGAUAAGAAUGAAGCAAACAAAAAAAGCAAAAAGAAAGAAGAUUUAAAAUAUGAAGUUAAAGAAGCAUUGGAGAAGCAUAAAGAUGAUCCCUUAUUUAUGGAAUUUCUUGAAAGUCAUAAAACUGACAAGGCUAUAUGGAAUAAUGAUACAUUAACAUCUGAACAAGCUACAGAAUUUAAUAAUGAGAUUGGCAAUGAUGAAACUAGUGAUGGGGAUAGUAAUGAAGAGGAAAAAGAGGAAAAAAAUGAAGAGAAAAAGGAGAAGCCAAAAAUUGCAGAUAAAGUUAUAUCUGACUUAGAGUAUAUGGAAACUUUGAAGAAAAAAGAAAAGAAUACAGAGGAAAAAGUUUCAGAUAGUAAGAGUAAAUUUAAACACGGGUCUACAAAAUUUUUUACUGUCAAAGUUAGAGGUUUGGCAUAUAAUCACAAGAAAAAGGAUAUCAAACAAUUUUUUCGUCCGUUGAAACCAAAAUCUAUACGAGUACCACCAAAAAUUAAGGGUAUAGCAUAUGUUGGUUUUAAAACUGAACAACAUUUAAGGAAAGCUUUGUUGAAAAACAAAAGUUUUUUAGAUGGUAAACAAAUAUUUGUAAUGAAAUAUGAAGUGAAAGAACAAAAAUCCGAUGAAGAACAAAAUGAGAAUGAAUUUAAUGUUAGGUGGAAAAAGCAAGCAGAGGCAUUAAAAAAUGAAGAAAGUAUAGCAGAGUCUGGAAGGAUGUUUAUUCGAAAUUUAUCGUAUACAGUAACCGAAGAUGAUGUUCGAAAAUUAUUUGAAAAAUAUGGUCCUUUAACUGAAGUUAACUUACCCAUCGAUCGAGUAACUAGAAAACCGAAAGGAUUUGGUACAAUAACAUUUUUAAUGACCGAGCAUGCGGUAAAGGCAUAUAGUGAAUUAGACGGUUCGAUUUUAGAUGGAAGAAUGUUACAUAUUCUUCCAGCUAAAGUAGAACUUGAUCCUAUGGAAAAAAUUGACGAAAAUAGUUUGACGUACAAGCAAAAAAAAGAAUUAAAGGCUAAGAAAUCUGCGGGGUCGUCACACAAUUGGAAUACUCUUUUCCUUGGGCAAAAUGCAGUAGCAGAUGCUAUAGCUAGUACUUAUAAUACAACUAAAGAAAAAGUGUUUGAAGAUGGAUCAAAGGGUUUAAGUGCGGCGGUUAAAUUAGCAUUGGGAGAAACACAAUUAGUUCAAGAUACCAGGAACUUCUUGGAAGAAAACGGAGUUUGUUUGGAUGCAUUCAAUCAACUACCCAACAAACGAUCAAAAACAGUAAUACUCGUAAAAAAUUUACCUGCCGCAACAUCAGAACAAGACAUUCGACAACUAUUUGCACAACAUGGCGAAUUGGGAAGAGUAAUAAUGCCACCUUCAGGAAUUACCGCUUUGGUGGAAUUUUUGGAGCCUUCUGAAGCACGCUUAGCAUUCAUGAAAUUAGCAUAUACUAAAUAUAAACAUUUACCACUUUAUCUGGAAUGGGCCCCUGACAAUAGUUUUACUACCCCUCCUGCGCGGAAAAACAAAACUGUGAAAAAUGACACUGAGCCAAGUAAGCAAAAAGAUAAUAAAGAAGUUGACCAGCAGAGUCAAGAAUUUUCAGAAAAUAUAAAUGAUACAAAUAAGGCUAGUAAAGAGGAAAGUGAAGACGAGGAUGAACCUGAACAAGAUACGACUCUUUUUGUAAAGAAUCUUAAUUUCGUAACUACGGAAGAACAACUGAAAACGUACUUUGGCAAAUGUGGUCCUAUUCAUUAUGCCUCGAUAGCAACAAAAAAAGAUGUAAAAAAUCCUGGUGCCAAAUUGUCUAUGGGAUAUGGAUUUGUAAGAUAUAAAAGAAAAGCAGACGCAGAUCGUGCAUUAAAAGUUUUACAAAUGUCAGUAUUGGACGGAAAGACAUUAGAACUUAAACGUUCUGAAAGAACAUUAACAACUGACUUAAAUAGUACGAAGAAGACAUCUACAAUAACGGCACAAACGGGUACAAAAAUUCUGAUAAGGAAUGUGCCAUUCCAAGCGACAGUUGAAGAAAUAACCGAACUGUUCAAGGCGUUCGGUGAAUUGAAAGCAGUGCGAUUACCAAAAAAAUUAGUCGGCGUUGAAAAGCACAGAGGAUUCGCGUUUGUAGAAUAUUAUACAAAAAGCGAAGCCAAGAAAGCAUUUAAAGCUUUAUGUCAGAGUACUCACUUGUACGGUCGAAGAUUGGUUUUGGAAUGGGCUCAAACUGAAGAGGAUGUGGAAGAUGUUAGAAAACGAACAGCCAAACACUUUUAUCAAGAUCAAUCAGUUAAGAAGACCAAAAAGGCCACAUUAAGCGGAGAGGAUAUCGGUUUGGAGGAUGUAUAAUUUGUUAUAAACUGAUGUGUUCAUAAGAUUAAGAAAAAAGACAAAUAAAUUUAUGGAACAGACAAGACUUG